AAUGGAAGAAAGGCGUCACUUUGCUGGUUCGCACUGUAUUCAGUCACUCGAUUGUAAGUCAUCGAGGGAUUGAAAACUGAAAGAUUCACGGACAUGUGCUUUCCUUGUAGUCAGGGCUCAUAAAAUGUCUAAGCCAGACAGUGAUUUGCCAAACGACAGCAUGACAACACCUGAAGGCUCUUCUCUGACUAUGACUAGACUGCAGCCUGCAGAGGGUGGGAAUGGAGGAGGGGAUGCAACUAAUCACCAUGGUCUGCAGCAUCAGGACUCGCUGGGCUCAGCUGGUUCCCCUCAGUCCUGGUCACCUGACGCUAAUCCUGAUCUAGCCCCCGCACUCUUCCAGGCUGGCUGGAGAAAGUUUUGGAGUAAACGGGAAAAGCGACCAUACUAUUUCAACAAAAACACAAAUGAAUCUCUGUGGGAGAUGCCUCCAUUAGACAGUGGGCCUGACCUAUUGAGUGACCCUCUGGGUAUCAACAUGUCCCCAAGUGACAUCCGACUAAGCCGAGCAAGUACAGACACACCAGUGGUGAUGAGUGCAAAGAGAAGGGCAAGUGGGGAGCUCAUGGGAAGUCCACCUAAGAGACCCAUGUUUAACUACAGUCCAUUUUGGAACUUCGAUCUGCCCAGCAAUGUGAUCAUGUAUGAACGAUCACCCAGGAAGAUACUGCCGCCCCACCCUGACGUGGAGAUGUUAAGGGCUCAGUUGCUGUCCAAACUGAGGCAGACCUACCAGGAGCUGUGCCAAACCCGGGAAGGUAUUGAUGCCCCAGUUGAGUCUUUCAAUCGCUGGCUGUUGGAGAGACAGGUGAUAAAUAAGGGAGAGGACUGGUUGUUACCAUCAGAUUGUAACCCAGUUAUCUCCCAGUCCAUGUAUAGAGAAGUCAUGAACGACAUCCCCUUCAAACUCGUCAAGGCCAGAUACAUUCAGGACAUCCGCAAACAGUUGUUAAGCUACGCACAAGCUGCCCGCAAAAUGAUUGAGUGCCGGAAUACUUCAUCAGCCAGUCGUAAGAAUGUGAAGUGGAAUGUUGAAGAAACUUUUACUUGGUUAAGGAGCCGGCACAGUGCUUCGUAUGAAGAUUAUUUGGAAAGAUUAGCCCACUUAAAGCGACAGUGUCAGCCACAUCUUACAGAGGCAGCCAAGAGUUCUGUGGAAGGAAUCUGUACCAAGAUGUUUACUCUAUCAUGUGAUUCUGCAAGGAAGGUCCGCGAGAAACAUCUAGAGAUUCUCAAGGAGAGCAAUAUUGAAGAGCCUGAUGCCCCCCCUGAGCUGACCACUAAGAGGAAGGUGAUGUGUUACCCGAUCCAGACCAUGGUCCCGUGUCCUCGGCUACCUGUCAUCCAGCACCAGACAGACCAGGAGACCACUCAGCUCACCUACGGCACAGAGGUACUCAAAAUCAACACGUCACACCUACACAAACUGGAACAGUUAUACAGAAUCUUCACAAGAGACGACCCAAAAUUUGACAAUUUCCUUGCAAGAGUCUUCUGUCUUCUAAGGAGAUACAAGACAUAUUUUGGUAUCAAGAACUCAGAAGGGAUCAGUCUACAAGGUGCUCUGCCUAUCCAGGUGUUUGAGUGUCUCCAUCGGGUGUUUGGGGUCACAUUUGAGUGUUUUGCCUCUCCUCUUAACUGCUUCUUCAAGCAAUAUUGCUCGGCUUUCCCAGACACUGACUGCUACUUUGGAUCCAGGGGCCCGAUCUUGGACUUUCAUCCAAUCAGUGGCUCCUUUGAGGCUAACCCUCCCUUCAGUGAAGAACUUAUGGAAGCAAUGGUGGACCACUUUGAGAGCUUAUUGAGUGAGACUUUGGAGCCACUGUCCUUCAUUGUUUUCAUACCAGAGUGGAGGGACCCACCCACAGAGGCCCUUAUCAGAUUAGAGUCCAGCAGGUUCAAGAAGAAGCAGGUUGUCAUGCCAGCUUAUGAACAUGAGUACAGACAUGGCUUCCAACAUCUGUGUUCAAAACAAGAUAUGAAUGUGAAAUCCUCUCAUGGCACCUUGGUGGUUUUCUUGCAAAAUGAAGCUGGUUUUGCACGAUGGGGUCCAACAUCAGAGAGAAUACAGGAGCUUCUGCUGUCUUGUAGGCCCAAGGAUUCUGUGUGAGGCAUUGAGAGAGCAAAGAGACUAUCUGACCUCUACUGACCAGUGGUCAGUGUGAUGUGGCUGAAUGACCUAUUUUGAACAGUGGUUAGUGGGAAGUGGCUGAAUGACCUAUUCUGGACAGUGGUUAGUGGGAAGUUACUAACUGACCAGUGGUCAGUGUGAAAUGGCGGAAUAACCUAUUCUGGACAGUGGUUAGUGGGAAGUACCUAACUGACCAGUGGUCAAUGUGAAGUGGCGGAAUAACCUAUUCUGGACAGUGGUUAGUGGGAAGUAACUAACUGACCAGUGGUCAGUGUGAAGUGGCUGAAUAACUAUUUCUGGACAGUGGUUAGUGUGAAGUAACUAACUGACCAGUGGUCAAUAUGAAGUGGCGGAAUAACCUAUUCUGGACAGUGGUUAGUGUGAAGUAACUAACUGACCAGUGGUCAGUGUGAAGUGGCUAAUUGACCUCUACAGUCCAAUGGUCAGUGUGGCCUCAAUAGACCAGUGGUCAGUGUGAUGUGGCUAACUGACCUCUACAGCCCGAUGGUCAGUGUGAUGUAGAGAACUGACCUCUACAGACCAGUGGCCAGUGUGAAGUGGUUAACUGAUCUCUACAGCCCGAUGAUCAGUGUGGUGUAGCUAACUGACCUCUACAGACCAUUGGUCACUGUGAUGUGGCUAACUGACCUCUACAGAUCAGCAAUCAAGCUGCUGUAAGAUAUAUAGGAAGAGAGAGAAGCAUAAAAUGGGUUGCAGCACGUAACACAGGGCUCAUGGUUCAUUGACUCACUGAGGUGUAGUACAUUAUCAUGCAGAUCAGCACUGCCUUUAGCAGUGCAAGUGUGCUUCACAUCCAGCCGAGUUCAUCCUGGCUUGUUGAUGGCAGUCUUAGUCUUCAGUGGUCAUGUCCACUAGAGUUGUCCCGCUAGAUAGUUGGGAGAGAACAGUUAGACUUAAGGUUGGUGUUUGUGAGGUUCCAUCUCUCUGCAGGUUUUUUCCAACUUACCAAUUCAGCAUCUCUGUCAUGUACAUGUUAUUACAUGUAGCAAAUGACACCGAAGCUGACACCUGCAUCUUGUCAAUUUGUCUUCAGUUCUUACUGACAGAUAGGUGAUUCCUUACCAGGUGUUACACUGAAUAUGGCGUUCAGGUGUAUAUAUCUCAAUAUUUCCUUUGUGCAAUGGGUGUGUUAUCCUAUGUCAUGCAGACAUAAAUGUUUAUGCCACGGUAAAUAAUUACAGUUUCCAACAUCUACAUUUACUUAUUGUGCAUUGUAUCAGAAUUUGCAUCACUGAUACUAAAUGUUUCCUGAUGUGAUGCAAGUUCUUCACUGGUAACAGUUUCCUACUUUCUUUACUCGUAACAUGUUACCAAUGAACAGUCUGUGUUGUACCAGUGGUUAGUUAGAGCUUGCUGUUGGUGUUAUAAUGAUUACAACUGGAGGUGCCCUUCAUGUUCACUGCACCAUGCUGAUGUACAUGUGGCUUGUUACAUCAGUUUUACUGGUCUUACGUUGAAAGUUAUGAAGUGCCUUUGAUCAGGUUAGAGUAUAGAGAGCAUCUUUAAAGGUUACAGUCCUGGAGACAGCUGUUCAAAAGUGUACUAAAAGUUAAGCCAGGCUUAAAUCUUAAUACCCAUCUUGUUCCAAUAUAAAACCAAGUGGGCUUUAGUCCAGACUAAGGUUAGGUUUAUUCCCGGCUUAAAUGCUAGUACACUUUUGAACAACUGGGUCCUGUAAACCAAGAUUUUAUCACAACUCAGAAUUAUUUAUGGUCUUAAUUAGUAUGAAGUUUAGAAUCAUGACAAACAA